UCAUUCAUCAGACAACUGCAAGGAGUGCUAGUAAAGCAGGCUUGUCAACAUAACGACGAGACAGCUCUACACCAAGUCCACAUGCACUUCAGAGACAUGAUUGAUAAAGGCUUAAGGCCCAACCCUGACAUAGAGCGCUCCGUCUACCAAUACGGUAUGGCCCUCGACAGCACAGAGUCUGACUGGGACGCCGUUUGGAGCAAAUACCUUCACGAGACGGUUGCCCAGGAGAAAGAGAAUCUGCUUCUUGCCCUUGCCAGUACUCGCAUACCUUACCUUAUUGAAAGACUUCUGGAAGCAGCUUUACACGAAGAAGGCAUCAGAAGGCAGGAUUUCUUCACUCUCAUUGGCUAUGUGUCGUCCAAUCAGAUCGCAAGGCCGCUGCUGUGGGAUUGGAUCAGGACCCACUACGAGGUCUUAGUUGAGAGAUUCACAGUGGAAGAUCGAAACUUUGGAAAAAUGGUGCCUAGCUUCGUGAGCAGUUUCAACACUGAGAGAGAUCUGUAUGAG